AUGACAGCCCACGUUCCUCCUCCUGAUCCCCAACUCGAUGAUAUUGUAUCACAAUCCGAUGAAUCUUUCCCUUCUUGUCCAAAAACUUCCGCCGCUGUACAACCAUUUGAUAAUUCCUUGUUACCUGACAUUAUUGCUUCCGGUAGUGCAAUGGCUGCACCAACAGUAUCCGGAAAGGCUGACGAGGCUAUGAUCGAUGCGAGGUCUAAAAUUACCAGCCUACUACCAAAGGAUAAGGAACAAGAAUGGUCUGCUGUAGUGGAGAAAAGGAAUGGCCCUCUUCGAUUAUUGGAUCUGCCCAUGGAUGUUCUCAAAGAAAUUGUGAAGGAGGUUACCCAUACCAAUGACUUAACUUCUCUUGCCCUCACCCAUUCUGCUCUACAUAAUUUAGCAAUACCUUAUAUAUAUUCGCGGUUUGAUAUCGUCUGGCCCGAUGCACAUGCUACGUCUGACCCGAGGACCGGAGUCGAUGCGCUUACUUAUGGACUUUCUACCCUCUGCAUGGGCAAUGCCUUCACGAAUCCAAAUUCAACACAAUCUUUUGUUUGCAAGCAUUGCGGAACAGACAAUUCUAUAGAUUGCAGCCAUGAGGCCAAACCAGAGCCCUCUAGUAUCCCCAGGCGUGUCGGUAAUGAAUAUCCACAGUUUACUAGAAAGUUUUCCCUUGGAAACGGACCUACCGACUGGGUACAGGAAUACCUCAUCACUAAAGAAAGUGGGAAAAUGUUAGGAACGCUUGUUGCGUUGGCCGUGGCUAGAAUGAUAAAUCUAGAAACGUUUGUUUGGGAUAUGCCAACAGGGGUGUUGAGAGACGUUUGGCUUGCUCUAUCCUCUUUACAAUACAAGAGUCCAAAACAAGAAUGUCGGUUAGAACGUGUUUGGGUCAGGUGGCAUGAUAAUACCGAAGCUAUUCACAUGUCUUCAACACAAAACCCAAGCACGCCAUCCAUUACUACGAAUCAAAUGUUGGCUGGGAAGACAAUGACUUCGAUAGGCUGGUUAUUACCAUCCGGUUCCUCAAUAAUUCCGUCGGCUCCCGCACAAACCAUGGCAUAUUCACAAGGCCGUGUGGAGUAUCCUACACUUAGCGUACUCCCUCCAUUACAAAGCUUGUCUGUGUUGGACAUUGACGAACUAGAUUAUCUAGACGAGAUGAGUGUUUUGAUAGAGCGUUCAAAGGAUAAACUUCGGGAACUUCGUGUUGGUAUCUCUGCGAAGGCCACCCACCGCGAUUUUGCUCUUCCAUGGGACGGGCCUGAGCUCCAACAGGUUGAUCACGAAGCGAAGUGGCCCGGUGCCAGUAAGAUUGGCGAGCGAAGAUUGGGUGGGGUAUUAGGCACCAUUCUGGGUCGCAUCUUCGAUAUCCGGAACAAACGAAGGAUAAAAAGUGAGAGGACAAAGGGUCCAAGACUUGGUUCUUUCAUGGCGAAUAGCCAGGUGCAAGCCCAACCAAGUAGCAUCGACGUCGCGGAAAAUUUACUUCCCGAAAUAGCCGGAAAUGAUUAUACGGAGCCAAGCUGGAGCGAUAAAGAUAUUCCAGUAGCGUCAGGUGGACUGAAUCCACAGGGAGUAGAAUUCAAUAUCGAAGCAGAGCCUAUUCCAGAGAAUGUUGAUCCUGGCCAUGAAGAUUUACUGUCGAGCACUCUAUUAUCGCCUCACUCUGAUAUGGAUUCGCUUACUGCGCUGAUAUCCGAACAUCAACUUACAUCGGAUAACGACACUACAGCCAAUGACAUACUACAACCACCUGUGCCUUCCGAUAUUCCUGCAGAACCUCCUUUGCGACGUUCUCAAUCAUCGAAUAGAAAACAAGCACAUUUUUCGGAAAUUUUCCCUGCUGGUAGAGACAGGCUUGAGGGUAAACUACGUCUACAAACUUUGGAACUGGAGAGAGUUCCUUUAUCUGUUUAUGUACUGCAUAGAGCUUUCGAUUGGUCAGUUCUGACUAAUUUGACUAUUCUCGACUGUCCGCACCAUGAUAAGCUUUGGUCCAUACUUAAAAAGCAUUUCGCGCCCUCGCCAUUAGGCAACCAUACCUCGACAAAGCACAGCACACAAAUGCUGUAUCAUCUAAGUCUUAAAAAGAUCCAUACUGACGCAUCAUCUCCUUCCCUAAUAUCAUUUCUGAAAGAGACGUUGGCACCAAACACUUUAGAAACACUAUUCUUGCAAGAUAGAAAACGAGCACCAAACUCGUCGGUGACAAUCGAAUCCAUCUACCGGGGGCCACUCAAGAGGCAUCGUGCUAGUCUUAAAAAACUAUUAUUGGAUAGCUCCGAAAGACCCCCAAGGAAUGUGAAUAGUUCAGUCGAAUCCUCCAAGUGGAAAGCCUGGAUGCCCAGCCGUGAUGUCUUGAAUUUCAUCACCAGUGGCCGUAUGAGCAAUCUGCGCGAAUUAAGUAUUGCAAUUGACUAUAAAGACUGGCACCACUUUCUGCAACGCCUCCCUCAAGUACCCCAUCUUCGCUCUCUCAGUGUUCCUUUCAUCGCCGACCACAUCACACCCGCAUUCGACCCCAAAGAACUCGCUCAUCAAAUUCUCGACGUAAUUUUCCUCCGCCCAGAAGUGGAACUUUGCUACGUAGGCAUAUCGCAUAAAUGUUUCGAGAUACUCGAAAAUCGCCCCCACGAGGAACCAUUACUUUCUUCACAUGAUCCCCACACGUCAGCUGCAAAUGGCGGACCUGUAACCGAUGAUGAAGAGGAGGAGGAUGACGAUGGGAGUGAGGAUGAUGAUGAUGAAGGAGACGAAGAGGAAGACGAUAAUGGGACGGCUAUUGCUCCUAUUGAUCCAGACGAAACAGAGGAUGAGCUAUCGGAUGGUGAUGAACAUGAAGACGAUGAGAGCGACGAGGACAGCUGGGAUGGAGCGAGUGAUUGUGAUGGUAAGGGAAAGGUGAGGUUGAGGUUAAGAGAAAUUCUAUUUUAUGAUGAUAAGGUUGCUAUAUUUAAAGCAAGGCAUGGUAGACUUUGA